CUUUCUUAUUAAUUUCUCUUCAUCUACAAUUUCUCAAAGCAGGGGAGGAAGGGUGGGCAACAGGUACCGGUGACCAGAUGGCCGCGGUGAUGGAAUCGGGGAUGGAUUUAGGGGUUCCGGUUACCCCUUCUCCCCCUCGACAUUUGACUUAUCAAGUCACUGAUUUAGUGGUUCCUGAUACGCCUCCUCACACCCUUGAUGCAAGAGAGAUAAGCCAUUCACGAUCAAUGAACUCAAGGAAAAAACUGAAGCUAGCGACAAAGAAGUCCCUUAUGUCGCCUAAGAAGACAUUUUACCAUAAGACUUUCGGUUUUAUGGAGGAAUACCAUAUGAACUUCUAUAAAUGUUGUUGGCCAGAUUACUUUCCGGAUGAGGGUCUCCAAAAGCUAAACUAUGUGUGCAUAUGAGCUUAAUUUCUUAAUUUUUAGGAAGAAUAUAUUGGCACAACUUUGUUAUUUAUGUUUAUGGUUAUGAAUG